UACAGCGCUGGAGACUAGGACGCUGUUCCCCAUGUCUUUUUGCUGCGGUGGAGAAGAGCCAUACACCAAGGACCAUCUCAAUUUUACACGGAGUGGAGUCAACUUAAAUACAUAUUCAUCGUUUUAUCCAAAUUCAAUUUUUAAUAACUACGACUAUUCUCAAUUUUAUGUGUGUGAGCUGCGCCUUCAGUGAUCAUUCCAUUAUUUUACCAUUCUAAAUUAGCUGUGCCAAAUUAAUCAGAAGAAUGGCAAUGAUGAAGAAAGUUUAAAUUGAAAGACAUCAACACACACCAAGAUUAUUUCUAACGGUUGAGUGUUCAUGUCAUAGGUAUUGCAUGGACCAACAUUAUUUUUGUCACAAAAAUAGAUAACACCAAAAUGGAUCCCUUGUUCACCACGACUGAUUUGCCAUUGCUAAGCAAUUGGACCAACGCUUCAGGGGUCAAUGGAACUGAUCUAGACGGGAACCAGUUUGUGCAACCAGUUUGGAGAAUUGUUCUAUGGGCAUUCGCCUACAGUUGCAUGGUUACUGUGUCUCUGGUGGGGAACGUCGUAGUAAUAUGGAUCAUUAUGGCGCACAAACGAAUGAGAACUGUGACCAACUAUUUUCUGUUGAACCUGGCGUUUGCAGAGGCGUCUAUGUCAGCCUUCAACACCGUUAUCAACUUCGUCUAUUCCGUCCACAAUGAGUGGUACUUCGGGCUGAUGUACUGCCGCUUUCACAACUUCUUCCCCGUCGCUGCUGUCUUCGCAAGUAUCUACUCCAUGACUGCGAUAGCGGUGGACAGGUACAUGGCCAUCAUCCACCCCUUGCAGCAGCGUAUGUCGUCCACAGAGACCAAGGUGAUCGUGGGGGUGAUCUGGGUGCUGGCUCUGCUCCUGGCCUUCCCUCAGUACUACUACUCAGUGACAGAAGAGCUGCCUGGACGAAUCAUCUGCUACAUCGAGUGGCCCGAAUACACUGGCUGCGACUACAGAAAUAUGUACUACAUGUGCGUGACAGUGCUGAUCUACUUCCUGCCUCUACUGGUGAUGGGCUGUGCCUAUCUGGUGGUGGGCCUCACUCUCUGGGCCAGUAACAUACCUGGAGACUCCUCUGACCGCUACAAGGAGCAGCUCACUGCGAAACGCAAGGUGGUGAAGAUGAUGAUCGUGGUGGUGUGUACAUUUGCUAUCUGCUGGCUGCCCUACCACGUGUACUUCCUGCUCCAUCUGUACUUCCCCCUCCUGUUUGAGACGCUCUACAUCCAACAAGUAUACCUGGCUGUCAUGUGGCUGGCCAUGAGCUCCACCAUGUACAACCCAAUCAUCUACUGCUGUCUCAACGACAGGUUCCGAGCUGGCUUCAAGCAGGCGUUCCGAUGCUGUCCCUGUGUCCCCGCUGGCUCUUACGAGGGUCUGGAGCUCAAGUCCACACGUUACCUACAGACCCAGACCAGCAUGUAUAAGACCAGUCGCAUGGAGACCGCUGUGUCCGCCGUGCCGCAUGUGGCCGACGACUUGGAGCCUCCCAGGUUCGGGGCCCUAUCUGGGACCGGGUGUGAGGCCGGGGCACGGGGGGUUGGCGGAGGGGGAGUGGGUUUGUGUGUGGCAGCACCCAGGCGCUCCUCUCUGGACCUGACUUCCAAUGGCUCUUCGUCCCGCAGCAUCUCCAAGACCGUUUCGGAGACCUCCAGCUUCUACAACAACCUGCCUGAGUAGGGAGGGGAGAGUAGAGUCAAGCACCGCUGAACACUCUCUCACAAUAUCUGCCAAUGGGGACCGUGUGCAUGUGUGUUUGUGUGUGCCCGUGAACGUGUUUGUGUGUGAAUGUACAUUUGUGUUGGUGUGUGGGUUCCAUCCAUGUAUGUGUAUAAUGUCCUUUCAUUGAAUGUUGGGCAUCAAGUCUACCGCCUGUGACUAAGGCUUGGUUUGGUUCCCCUUCAGAGGGCAUUGUGCUUUCCGUGGUGCCCUGAUUCAAACUAAACAGGAGUCAGUAGACACUAAGGCCGUAAGGCAUACCUAGCCCACACUACCUGGUACCUGCUGUAGACGAGUUAGCUGAGAACGUCACGAAAACGAUGCGCACGCUUCAAUGGGGCAGAAAGCCGUGUGUUGUGAUUCUGGAUGGCCAGAUGGCUAGCAACAAUGACAAGUGUGAAAUCGUGAGUGGCUCGUUUCAGCUAGUUUUACCUUGUUUUUUGAGGUAUUUGACUGCUGUCACGUCUAUGCUAAAAUUCGCUAGCACGCUAACCAAGAAAUGUAAGGAUGUAUUUCAGAGACAACAAGUACUCAUUGUGCAACUUUAUUUAUGUUUUCAAUAAACAUUGGAGACAAAAUGUGUUUUACAUGUUGUCAAAAAUGUAAACCAACCCUGUCUGUUUUGCCCCAUAGUUGCACACGUGUCGGUUUUUGUUGCUAACAAGACUUGAUCAAUACAGAAAACAAGCUUAAUACAGGACCCAGCCCUAACUGAACCCUAUAACCUUUACACUAUCUACAAACCUUCAAUGAUCAGAAUCUACCCACUACUUAUCUAGCAUAUUCACAGUUGCUUCUAAUGUUCAUAUUACCACCAGUACCUGUGAAUAGUGCAUUAGUGUGUGAUUGCUGGGAGCACAGUCAGUUUUCAUGAACAUGUCUAUGAUAAGCUUGGUAUUCCGGUUGCAUAGCCUAAGACCCUGAAACGAAGCCCGGGGUUAACAAGCCCGCACUCCAUGGGAAACUAGACUACUGGGAAACUAAAUUAGACAACUGGGGCUGAGGUGUGUUUAGCUGGUGGCCUUUCAGCAUGACUUCAGUGGAAUAAUGUGGGAUAGACCUGAACAGAGCGCUAGUCAGCUGUGUACCUCACAGGACAUAAGACAGUGGAGAAAUGUAGUCUGAUUACAUAAACAAAGAGAAACUGCACUGUGAGGCUUUUGUUAGUUCUUGUAACCAGCGAUGGGAAGAUGGGUCUGGAUACUUAGCAUAAUGCUGCUGAGGGAUGAAGGGAGGCAGCUUUGAGGCAAUUCUCUCUGUAUAAAACCUCUGGGUCUCAGAUGGAACCCUAUUGCCUAGAUAGUGCAUUGCUUUUGACUAGAGGGUGCCCUUUGCCAUGCAACCUCUGUGUGACUGUGAGUUCAGCGGGAGGGAGCCGUUAUAGCUGUGACACAGCAGCUCCUACCCCACCAUCUGAAACCUAACGAGUACACUUAUGUAUGUACGUAUGCUGUUCAGCACACACAUAAUCACACAUUCUCACACAGACCCACAGACACCCACAGCUGUUCACACACAUGUAUUUAAAUUUCCCAAUUUUACGUUUGUAUAAACAUUUUAAAUUUUAAAUCAAUAUUUUUGCAUUUGUAAUGCCUUAUUGAAUAAUUGAAUUCAUCAAUUCAAAUUGUAUUUCAUGAUUUGAAACUGAAUUUAAUGAAUAUUGCAUUAAGUUUAAAACUCUACUUCAAUUUAAUUCCAUAUUCUAUAUUUAUAUUCAGGGUCAAUAUGGUAGAUACAGUACUGCAUUCAUCCUUUACAUUAACUUCCUGAACAUAUGCCUAUGGGCUUUAGAUAAGUGGGCUAACACAGUCUUCUGUCAUGCAUGUUCCGGAGAGUCUUAGCUUUCAGGAAUGGGCUAAGCUUUUUGCCCAAACGAUUAAAACCCUAGAGCCCAAUUUCUAGGAAGACAAUAAAUUCAACAUACCACAAUGGCUUCAGAAACCAACAGAAUCUGCUCCUUUGGUACCGCUAGCUUCUGUUCACCACAGAGAGAGUUUGAUUUGAUCGGUCUACCUUUCCUACCUUUCCUGGCUGGCAAAGUACCAGGAUGUUGUUUUGAAUCUGAAUCUGGAGUACUGAAUUCAAAAACGUAAAUCAUUAGGGGUGUAGAAUAUCUACUUAUCCCAUUGUAAUUUGAUACCUAUUCUUUCUGCCUUGCCACUCCUAUGUUACUGUGUCUGGUAUACUUCUAAGAUUCAUUCAGAUGUAAUUUUAAUGGUUGUGUGUGUGUGUGUGUGUGUGUGUGUGUGUGUGUGUGUGUGUGUGUGUGUGUGUGUGUGUGUGUGUGUGUGUGUGUGUGUGUGUGUGAGACACACGUCUCAGUGGGCACAGUCUGUAAGGAGGACAGGAUUCACCCAGACAUUGCAUUUCUCCUCAAGACAGCCACUAAAUGAAACACGCCUUGCAGCUGAUUAAUUUAACAUGGGGAACCAGGUAGCCUGUUUUUCUCUCCAAACAAACCCUCUCAGGCAGACACUAGUUUAGCCAAAAAGGCAUCCCUCCUAAUCCAAAAGGUCGGUAGCUCCCAUACAGUUGAACUGAAUACUGAAACCAAAAAUAGACCAAACACUCAAUGUCUAAAUUCAAUAGAAUAUUUUUACAUUUCAGAUGGCAGGUUCAAGAGAAGAUUAUGCCAAAGAGAGGCAGCUGAAUGUGAACUCAACCUCAUUCAAAACAAGUUUGUUAAUUGACAAUGUUGCAGGAUGUAUGGUAGCUUAUUUCAGAAAGCAGUGUUGGUUUUGAUCACUGUAGUGAUGGAGACAAUAGGCUGGCCUUGUUCCUGUGGGUUGGGAGAGAGCUGGCGCCAUGCUGUCUACUCAACUGGUUGAAUGUUCUCAUCAACGCCAUCUCUCUCCAAUCACACUAAUUACCCACAAGGGGAGAGAGAGACGGAAUGGGAUGAUACAGAACAGCUGUACACACACAUACAGAAAGAAGCGCACACACAAAGACACAAACGCACAUAGGCACAUACAGACACAUCCAUGCACACGAAUGCACACAGACACACACACACACACACACACAGGGUAAAAAGAGCAGAUCUCUCCUUUCCUUAAUGAUGUGAUGUGUUUUUCACUUACCUGUAUGUAUGAGCCUACCAUCUACAUGAUGGAUUCUGGCUGGUGCAACGCACCGUGAGAUGUGCUUAUCUCUGCUACAGUGAUCUGAGUGGCUACUGCUUUGAUGCGUUUAGAUGGAGAGAAUCUGCCAGGACUGAAUGGGAUGGGUGAGGGCCGAGCAGCAUCAGUUCCAGUUUUUCGUCACUGGUCAUUUGGACAUAUCAGGAUUGGGCAAAGGCGGUACUUAAACUGCUUCGCCUCGAGUGCUUUGGGGUGGGGGGGGCUUUGACAGAGAGCUUGCUUUUGCGAGGGUGGAGACGGUUUGUUUUUGCCGGAACUCUCCAUUUCGAACACGUACGAACACAGAAGUUUUUAAAGCAGCUGUCCAAAUCACGUGAGAUUUUACUUCUGGGUUAGCAAAGAUUACAGCAGUAUUGCUGGACAGCAGCUCACACACUGCUUAUAGUUUACCACAGCCACAGUUGCGCCCCCAAAUGGCACCCUAUUCCCUAUAUAGUGCAUUUCUUUUGACCAGGGCUCAUAGGGAAUAGGGUGCUACACACAAUGCUCUCUGAUACAGUGCUGAAAGAUCAGUUAAUCUCGUGUGGACCUCCUUGUACAUAGUACAGUUAUGUUUGGUUGGUUCUCUGUAUAACUUUGAAAUGUCAUUGUUAAGCAUACCAGUUGAACUCAUACUGCAGGGGUCGGCAACAGGUGGCCCACGGGCCAAAACCGGCCCGCAAGUGAUUUCCCCCCACAAUUAAGGUAUGAAAUGAUUGCUAUUUUCAAAUACAACCUCUUUUUGGACUUAGUUGUGGUCAAUUUGCAGCAUACAGAUUAUUAUAAUUAGGUUCCGGCCCUCCAACCAUACGCUCCGACAAAAAUCGUCCCAUGGCUGAAUCUAGUUGCCUACCCCUGCCAUGCUGUAAUGUUUCAAACACUUGCUCAUUUACUGCUACUGCACAUGGCUUGGCUUGUGUGGUCUGUGUUGGUCUCUGUUGUACAUUUUGUUUUGAAUAUAACUGUCACGCUAAACAGCACAUGAAAGCAAUUGAACAUAUCUAACUAUUGCAGCUGAUGUGGUUUACAAGCUGCUGGAGGGAGAAAAGCUGCAACCUGGUCUCAGAGCGUUUCGUAUUAUUCUAUACGAGACACUCAAUUUAGUAUAAUAUGUUACGUAUGUAUGUUCAUAUGUAUGUAUUAAUUUGUGGACUUCCAUUAUACAUUUCGUGUGAUAUGUUAUGAAUUACAAUUGUUAUAUGUUACGCAUUGCAAUUCAUACAAUAUAUUAAGAAUUUGCAAUAUGUAUGAUAUUUUACGAUUUCCAAUUUGUUGUGGCUAUCAUUAGCUAGGUGGCUAGGUGGAUAAUUUAAACAUUAGCUAGGUGGCUAAUGUUUGCUAGGCUAUGGGUGAGUGGUUAGGGUUAAGGUUAGGAGUUAGGUUAUAGGGUUACGGUUUAGGAGUUAGGUUAAGGUAAGGGUUAGGAGAAGGGUUAGAUAACAUGCUAAGUAGUUGAAUGUAGGAUGUAGUUGCAAAGUUACUAAUUAGCUAAAAUGCUUACGUUGUCCAUGGUCAGAUUCGAAUACGCAACUUUUGGUUUGCUAGACAUUUGCGUUAUUUUUUGCCUUAUUAAGUAACCUUCUGUCUUAUGUAACCAUACCAGUGGAGUCUUGUGGGAGGAGCUAUAGGAGGACAGGCUGAUUGUAAUGAAUGGAAUUAAUGGAACGGUAUCAAACAUAUGGAAACAACAUGUUAGACUCCGUUUCAUUUAUACCAUUCCAGCCAUUACAAUGAGCUCAUCCUCCUAUAGCUCAUCCCACUAGCCUCCACUGAACCAUACCAAACGUAACAUAUCACACUAAUUUCAGUGUCCCGGAUUCAUGUUACAUCUAGUCUGUUAGACCAGGAUGGGAGAAAUGUUACAUCUAGUCUAUUAGACCAGGAUGGGAGAAAUGGUAAGAUGAACCAUUGAACAAAACAACUUUGUUGUUUUGUAUUGCACUGAUCUAUCAAAUGGACCUCACUUGUCCUGCUGCUGACUUGUCUGAGGCACUGUUAAACAUUUCUGAACACUCUGUCAGACAAUUACCCUGAAUGACUGAACUAUUAGCCCAGUCUGCAGCAUCCCUGGAGGAAGAUCUCUGUUUACAACAGAACAACAUGUAUUACUGUCCAGUUUCCAUAUUAUAUCAUCUACCUGACUGAGUCCCCUGCAUUGGCCAUUAUCAGCAACUAUCCCAAACCACCUCUUGUUGCACCACUUACUCUCUUGGGUUAUGCUUUCAUAAGUGUUAUGUGUUAUUUCAUACGUGUUAUUUCAGACAUGUGUAUUUCAUAUGUAUAUGUUAUUCUUGUUGAGAGAUUUAUAUCGACAUUGUGAAGGCACUUCUUACAGUCGUGUCAAGAUAUUUAUUUUAGCAGGAUUCAUCAGUAAAAAAAAAAAAAGAUCAAAGGUAUUUACAGUGUUGGUAUUGCUUUACACUAACCCACUAUCUCUGAUGUACAUAAUCAGAUGUUUUCUGGGGUUUCUUUUGCCUUUUAACGCGUAGCUAUGUUGUUUCCAUGCAAAUCUCAAUAUUGUGUUAAUGUUAUGAAUACGUUUGCUCAUAUUAUAGCUACUUUUUUAAUCCAACAUCAGUUUGUCGAGAAUAGUGUAGCCUAUAGUAUUUAGUAUGACUUCAAACAAAGAAUCUAAACAAUGUUUAAGUGUAGAAAAAGUUUAAAUAUCCCCCCAAUAAUAAAUAGAGUGAAUCGAGGAGCACCCCUGCAGACCUCAGCAGAGAAAUAGUGCUAAAUUAAUGUUGGGGAAUUACUAAAACAACACAGACAACAGUUCGCUCUAGUGAUUGGCAUGGUCUCAUUAUAAUUCCUGACCUUCUGUGGAGACCUCACCAGACAGACAAAAGGAGAGGAGAGGGAUCGGCGAGCAGAGAGCCAUGUGUCAGAUGAAGCAUGUUUGUGUUUGGACUGGACCUUUGUUUUUUGUCUGUAAAAGGAGAGUAGAGGGCAGUCUGUGCGUAUUAAACACCCGUCCAUCUGCAUGGGUCUGGACAGAGUUUGUCUGUCCACGUCUCUGUAGACCUGCCAGAACAGUAGUGACUCACAGGCCAUGUACUUUAUCUGUAAAUUGGGAUGCGUUCCAAAUGGCAGCCAUAUGUGCCCUGGUCAAAUGCAGUGCUCUAUAAAGGGAAUAGAGUGCAAAUCUCAGACAUGGGCUUGGCUUUCUGGAAGCAGUCUAUUUCAGAAUCAUCUGACCGUAACAAUCUAUCCUAUUGCAAGGAAAAUAGAACAAUAUGACAUACCUGAAUGUACCUGAUGAUACUUUUUACAGCAGUGUAUGGUGUUUUUGUGAGGGGUGUGCUGGUUGUAGAGCGAGCGAACCGCAGCCCGAUCUUUGAAUUGCCUCAGUGGCGAAUGCAUUAGGAGACAGAAGUGAAGUUGACAGAUGAACAGAAUAGGCAACGAGGAGAAACAAAAUGAUAUUGACAGCAUGAAAAGAGUGAUAGAGAAGAGGGAGACAGAGAGACUGACAGAGGAGAGAAGGCGACAGGGGAGUAUAGAGGAACCCAUGCUGAGACUGAUUAUCACGUCUGGGUCACCCUCUCUGUUUUAAAGCCCGACGGAUCUGCAGCUCAUGUAAAUAAAUCCUGAUUUCCUCAUUCACUUAUCUCACUUCUUCUCAGAAGCCUAUCACCCCACUCACAGAGAAAUGUGUGAGAGGUUGGCAACAGACAGACUAGAAGCUAGAUUCUUCCCCAGAGAACAGGUGUGUGUGUGGCUCUAGUGGCCUGAGCGUCCGUGCAGUGAUAAGUGUCGGUGUGCCUAGUUUGCAGUUAACAUCUUCAGAAAGUUGCAAGAAAUACAAAUCGCUGAUGCAUUCUUUAAUAUUCUUUACAUGUAGGCUUUGGAUUGAACUAAUAUUCACUCGCUUUUUUCUCGAGGGCACAACAAUUAUUAUCUGGUGUGAUUUAAUUUCGUGGUCGCACUGGUGCUCCCAAACUAAAUGUCAGGUCGCAAAGCAAAAUAUCUAGGAGCUUAUGUGACCAAAAUGGUUGCACUUUAGAACCCUGAGUGAUGGUACCGUAUGUCUCUCCAGAUGUUCUGCUCUGAUUGUCGUAAAGGUUUAUGCUGUUGUGGUUCACUCAAACAAUGUACAAACUGUAUUUAAAUGAAACAACCACCAAUAAAGGCUCCUUUUGUUGAGA